UUUAGCCCCGUCCUUCCCUAUAAACCCUCUUUUGUUUAAAACCCAUCUCCUCACUUGAACCACAAGCAACUCAUCCGGCAAUGGCGUGUGCCUCCAGACGCUGCCUGACGACGCUUACACACCACGGCGCAUCCCACCUAUCUAAUCUUCAGCGUCUCAAACCCCCGACUGCCUCUCGGUCGCUAUGCUACUCAUCCCUGAUCGAAAGGGUCUGGACCUAUCCCAUUCAAUUAAGCGGUCCCUAUGAUCCCAAGAUGGAAAGGGAAAAGGCUAUAAUGGGCUACAGAUUUAGCAAGCCUUCCAAACUGGAGCGCUGGCAGGUGGAGAUGGAGGCGCUGAAGGCGAAGCUGAGGAAGAAGGAAUUAAAGGAACGCCGUCAAUCAUCUUUCAAGCCCUCCGUUUUAUUCUUUGUUGGGAAGCAGCCUUAUGAAGCUCUGAGAGGGGAUAUCAUACACACUGAAAGACUUAAUUUCGCUAAUGUCAAUGACAAGGUGCGGAGAAAGACUAAUUUGUGUGUGCUUCUUUGGAUCCCUGUGGGCAUUCUAUGCAGUGUACACGAUAUUUAA